AUGGAUAACAUUAUAUCUCAGAAUCAAAGUGCAUUUGUCCCAAAAAGAAGUAUAUAUGACGAUAUCCUGCUAGCCAAUGAGGCUGUCUAUGCUGUCAACCAUCAUAAAAAGAAGGAGGGAAUUAUUGCUAUCAAACUUGAUAUGUCCAAAGCUUAUGAUAAUCCUACUAGCCUUAUCAAACCCGAGAGAGUCUUGAGACAGGGAGAUCCUCUCUCUCCUUAUCUUUAUAUCAUCUGUUUUGAAGCUUUAUUUGCUUAUAUUGAUACUUUGACCAGUAAAGGCAUAGUUGAAGGAAUUAGAGUUUAUAUCCAUAACAGAGAUCUAGGGACGAAGUAUCUUGGCACGCCUAUAGAUUUUCAUUCCUCUAAUAUCCAGACCCAUAUUGCUAUUCUCCAAGAUGUAGAUGCUUGGAUUACCUCUUGGCUUCAUAGACUGUUAUCUCAGGCUUCUAGAACUAAUUUUGUUAAGCAUGUUGGUCGGGUCAUUCCUGUAUACCAAAUGGGUGCAUUUUUUAUUCCCAAGUACCUUUGCAAAAAUAUGGAUUCUCACCUUUCUCAAUUCUGGUGGGGAGAGAUUUUUGACCCUAAGGAUAGGAAACUACACCUUUUAAGAUGGUAUGCUUUGUGCUCUCCUAAGUCUGAAGGUGGUCUUGGUUUUAGGAAAUAUGAACUUAAUAACUUGGCUAUGUUAGUUAGAAAUUCGUGGAAAAUCAUAGAGAACCCUGACAGCCUUGUAGGUAUUGUGCUGAAAGCUCAUUGUUUUCAUAAGACUGGCUUUCUUAAUGCUGCUUGUCCUGCUGAUUGCUCCUGGACUUGGAGAUGCCUCCAUACCAUUAAGGAGAUGAUUAAACCCUUUAUUUCUUGGAUUGUUGGGGAUGGUUCUGCCACCCCUAAUGCAUUAGUCCCUCCAGACCCUUGUGCUAAAGUUUCUUAUUUCAUUGAUGAUGCUACUAGAUCCUGGAAUUUAGAUAAACUAAAUAGUCACUUUGAUGAUGCUUCUGUUCAGAAGAUCAUCACCAUUCCAUUAAGCCAGUUAUGCAAUCCUGAUAGGGGGGCUUGA